GCUGUUAGACAUAAGAGCGAAUUAUGGAAUUAGAGGACAUUUAUGAAAAUGCUGAAAAUGAUGAUAUUAAGGACACAACUGGAGCUCGGACACAGAAUCACAGCCAGGAUGAAGGGAAAGAUGGAAAGUGCAGAGGAAGCAGGUGUUUGGUGUUGAUGACAGUGUGUCUCGGGCUCAUUUGUGUUGUUCUGCUGGUCUUCAUCACACUGCAGCACAUCAUCAUCACAGCAGAGAGAGACCUGUUAAAGAACACAGUUGAAGAGUUCAAUCACACUAUCAACAGCUUACAGGACAAUUACACUGAUCUAAUGACUGAAAAACACCAACUGAAGAACAACUUCAGCUCUUUGAAUCAGAAGAAACUGGAGUUAGAGACUGAACUAAAGAAGUUAUAUGAACUAGGAAAGGACAGGUUUUUCAUUACCAGUUCGCCGAUGAGCUGGUCUGACAGCAGGAAGUUCUGCAGAGAUAAAGGAGCUGAUCUGAUCAUUAUCAACACUGAAGAGAAGCAGAGGUUCAUAUCUUCAUUUGUAAAGGAGAGAGUGUGGAUUGGUUUGUCUGACAUUGAGACUGAGGGGAUCAUGAAAUGGGUGGAUAAUUCAACACUGAAACAAGGGUUUUGGUAUGAAGAAGAGCCAAAUAAUGCAGGUGAAGGUGAGGACUGUGUUGAACUAAUGCCUUCAGACUCCAUCCCGAACUGGAAUGAUCUCCCAUGCUCUUUGAAGAGGAAAGCGGUUUGUGAGAAAUGGGGUUUUUAAUUUUACUAUAGAUUAUGCAGUCCUCACUCUUAUUAAUAUUUGAUUAAGGUUCCUGUCUUUUAAACAGUCUGUAAUUUAAUUUAGUAACUGCUUUCAUGAUAUGUUUCUUUUUAUACUAUUUUGUAACAUACAUGGAAAUUAAUAUAAUAGAAAAAUGUAAAACCGUCCAAAAAAAAUAUUGCUAUGAUAAACAUACAACCUCAGCAGAGAGACCUUCUUAUUAUGGCUUUAAUAAUGCGUCUCAUUUGCUGGUCUGAAGUGUUGAGGUGAAAAUUAAAGUAAAAUAUAGAAGAAAAAUUUCCCAAAUUGCCCUGAUGCAUCAGUUAUUCUAAUGUCUGUGAAACUGUUUUUUGUGUUGUUUUUCUUUUGAAUUUGUUUUAUUGCUUU